CUCGAGCAUGCGUGCUUCAAGUUGGAACACCUACAAGUCCCCGCUUUUGGCCUGGGGGCGGUUUUGCGACUCCAAGGGGAUUCCGCAUUUUCCGGUCAAGUCCAUUGACCUUCAGGAGUUCGUGGCACUCGCGCAGAACGAGCAGACCGCGCGCUCAUACAAGUCCGCGAUCACAAAGGCGC